UGUUUGUGAUGGUUUUCUGUGAUAACGCCAUCAACGGUUUCGUAUUAUUUGAAAAGUAUUAGUAAAUAAUAAAUAGAAGUUUUUUUAGUUACAAUGUCUAGUUUUACUGGAAAUAGUGGAAAUUCUGCACCUAAAAAGCAAAAACUAGCUCCAGUUCAAGUGUUUUUACGAAUACGACCCAAACAUGACGGAGAUGGUGUUCCAGCCAUUUCUUAUUGUACACCUAAGGAAAUCCAUAUUAAAGGGCACUUAAAAGGUUAUUCAUUUGAUCAAAUUUUCGAUGAAAAAACAAGCCAGGUAAAAGUUUACAAAACAGUGGUUGGUAAGAUGAUAACAGAUGUUACCAAAGGAUACAAUUGUACAAUUUUUGCCUACGGACAAACAGGAACUGGUAAAACUUAUACAGUAAUUGGUGAUGAUUGUGUGAAAGAUGUUGAUGAUACUUUCAAUUGGCAACAGGAAUCAAAUGCUGGUAUAAUAUUAAGGUCUGCAUUGCACCUAUAUGAGGAAUUGGACAAAAUGGACCCAAAUAUUCAGCGCACAGUCACUGUUUCCUUCAUGGAGAUUUAUAAUGAAGAAAUACGUGAUUUACUUUGUGACAAAGAGUUAACGCCCUUGAGGAUAUAUGAGGAUAAGUUGAAAUCUGUACAUAUUAAAAAUUUGCAAGAAGUUACUGUAUUGAAUCCUUGGGAUAUUAUAAGUCUCCUCAAGAAAGGAUGUGAGAGAAGACAAGUAGCAUCCACCUUAAUGAAUCAUCGCAGUUCAAGGUCGCACACUGUUUUCACAAUCACUGUUAGUACAAUGCAAACGAUUUCUAUUACAGAGAACAUAUCUAACAUAACCUGUGGCAAACUCAAUUUAAUUGAUUUGGCAGGAAGUGAAAACAUUGCUAAAUCGGGAUCUAAAGAACAAAGAGCUAGAGAAGCAACAAACAUCAAUCAGUCUCUUCUUACAUUAGGUCGUGUCAUAAAAGCAUUAGUCGAAAAUUCGUCCCAUGUUCCAUAUAGAGAGUCAAAACUGACAAGAAUACUUCAAGAUAGCUUGGGUGGAAAAGCUAAAACAUCCAUAAUUGCCACUAUUUCUCCUGGAAUGGCUUCUUUAGAUGAAACAAUGAAUACUUUGGAUUAUGCUCACAAUGCACGAAAUAUAACAAAUUGCCCAACUAUUAAUUUGAGAACAUCUGCUACAGCAGCUGCUGUACAAGAAGAAUUACUAAGACUGAAGAGAGAUUUGUUUGCCACAGCUAAUGAACAAGGAGUUUAUAUGGACAAAGAAAACUACGAGGAAAUGACACAAAGUUUAACACAGUUCAAAAAGGAAAUAGCUAGCAAGCAUGAAACAAUCAGGGCACUCACAGAGCAGGUAGAAGAUUUGGAGGCUCAAAGGCACGAAUGGGAAAAUUUGAGAGAAUCCUUCAAAAAAACAAGCCAGGCCUAUCAGGUGAUUAAAUCAGAGAUACAGAAAAAAGAAGAAGAAAUGCUAAGAGAUAGUGAACUACUUGAAUAUUACAAGUCAGAAUCAACGAAACUUCAAGAAUUUGCCGAUUUCAUGUUAACGAGAGAAAAUCAUCUUCACAAGAAGCUCGACUAUGUGUAUUCCUCAUCAAGUAAAAAUCAAACUGUGAUAGAACAAAUCAUCGAAAUUGUGAAAGAAACCAUAGACAGUCUAGUCCUCCCUGAAAAUUCCGACAAUUUUCACAAUAAUGUUUCUGCUCUCAUUCAAUUCAACGACAAAGUUUGCCAAAUGUUGAGCAAUGUAGCAAACCAAUUGGAGGAUAAGUCCCGUAACGUAAAAAAUGCUGAAGAAGUUGAAGAAAACACGAGCGAUGAUUACAGCAGAACUAUACUGGGAGAUGUGUACGAGUCUAUGGAAUAUCUGAGGAAUAAGUUCCAUACGUUCACAGAAACAUGCUGCACCAAAAUCACUGAACUUCAUGCUUGCAUUGACAGAAAUAAUGUUUACUUAUCCAAAAUUGAGGAAACACGUAAAGAGGAACUGGAAAUAAAGGGACAAAUUCAGACUCUAAUAAAUAAGGACAACAAAAACUAUGAAGACCUCAAGAAAGGCUGCAACGAAAUUGUAUCUAAAGAAAAAAAUUUAAUUCUUGAGUAUUUUGAGGAACGUCAGAAAUCAAUCGAGUUAGAACAAUUGAGGAUCCAAAAAAUGAAAGAAAUUCUGAAAAACGAUGAUUUGGAGAAGAGAUUAGCAGAAUAUGGGGAGAAUCGGAAAAAAAUCUUCGAGAACAUUUCGAACUUACAUCGUUUAGAAAAGAGUGCCUACCAGAAAAUUGACAGCAUCACCGAAAAUGCACUACAGAGCGUAGAGAGCAGCUACUCAAAUGUAGAAGAAAUGAGAAAUUGUGUCUUAUAUAUUCGUACUGAAGUAUCCAAGGUUUUAGAACAUGUCUUGACAGAUUACCGAAAACAAAACUCUGAAAUGGCAAAUGUUAUUGGACAAAUUUCCCACAUCCUCGAUAUAGAGGGAAAGGCGCACAUCGAAAUGGUGAACCAAUCUCUCACUACGACAGGAGAGAAGUUGAAUGAAUGUGUGAAAAAGGUUUUUGAGACAUCGGUACUUCCUAUCACUCAUGCAGGGGACACACCCAAGCCACUGGAAGGGCAGAGAAUUCCUCGUAGCAUGAGGAAUUCUAUAACAAAAAAUCUUUUCCCAAGAACAAUAUCUGAGGAUGCUGCUGGAUCGCAAUAACAGAUCAAGAAUAACCCUUUAAUGUGUUUGAACAAUGGCUGUGUACUGGAUUUGGGAUUUUUGCAAGUAAAAAUGUAUUUUUUUUUAAAUUGAUGUUAAGCUUAUCAAUUUAUAGAUAACAGUUGUAAACACUAUAUGUGUUGUAAAAAAUGAAAUUUAGGAUCAAUGCCAAGAUAAAUAUUUGUAUUUGAAAUGUUUAGAAUUACAAUUUAUUCUUGUAGUCCGUUUUUUAUAUCUUUGUGAGUGUAUUUCCAAAUAAAAUAUGCUUAAAAAAACUAUUUUGUAUCACUGAUUUGUUACAUAGCAGCCUUUUCAACAGUGGAGAUAACCGGGUAGAAAAAAUAGGUAAUUAAGGUAUUAAAAUAAGGUAUUUUAAGGAAAUGUUGAAAUCAGAAACAGCACAUUUUAUUUCGAUAAUAAACUUCAUCAAGUUUUACCAAUUGCUCACAUAAAGUGAAAAAUGUUAUUCAUAAUUUCAAUUCUAACAUGAUUAUUAUAUUCUAAUAAUUUAAACUUAGCAAAUUUUCAACGAUGAGAAAAUUAGUACAUUUUAAGAUCUCAAGUAAGUCAAUGACAAAUACCAUACAAGAAUCUUAACAGAGGCUUUUUUCCCAUCUUUGCUUUUUUUCAUAGAAGUGCAAUCCUUGAUGAGAAAUACAAAGCCCUUAAUGAUAUACAAAUGGAUAGAGAACGUUUGAGACUUAAGUGAAUUAUCAGGGGUACUGUAAAAAUAUAUAGUAAUCAUCAAAAACACUGAAAUGUUGAUCAUCUUGAACAUAAACAAGCCAAAAUACAUAUAUCAUUGUUCUCGAUUCUUUCAAAAUAUUUGUGAUGAUUACCAUAUACCAAUAGACUACCAUUAUGAAAACAAACAGAAAAACACCAAUAAGUAUUCAAAAAAUUAUGCAUGUUUGAAACUGAAACACUUUGAACUUGUUCUUCAUGAAAACUAAAUCGGACUGUGUUCUAGAAAAUUAAUCUUGAAAUAAUUCAUAUCGAGAUAACUUUCAUUUUCACAAACUGUGGAAUUCUCGGUUGGAAAUAAUUUUGGAUAUGGACUUAAUUUGCGAGACUAUCAAUUAUAUCUUCAUUUUAUACGAAAAUACACCUGGACAUGAACAGUUUCAAAUCAUCCCUGGAUACAAAGUUCAUCGAGUCGAUAAAUGUCAGGAACAUAAAAAAAUUAUUAAAAUUAACUUAUACUUCACCGAACGAACGAUAAUUCCAAAGUUGCUGAUUAAUACAAAAGUAUAAAAUGAAUUUAAUCUUCUGUUCAUCAAAUCUAACUGUUUUGCACCAGUUGAAAGUCAUUUUAAACCGGACGAUAAAGCUAAUAAGAAACUCAUUCUGACAAGCGACAUCGAUUCGACUUUUCCCAAAUUCAAUAUCACAUAAGUUUUCCUAAUCUAUUCCAACAUAACAUGCUGUUACUCAAUAUAUUCAAUAAUUUAAAAACAAAUAAUAUACCUCCAAGAUUUUCUUUUCUCAAUUUCUGUGGAAAAGAAAACGGCCUAUAUCAAAGGAGAAGUUAGAAUACAUCCAUACAGAAAAAUAACGAAUUGAUAUUUGAAAACUCAAGAAAAAUCUAACAUGGUUUAUAGGAUGUAAAGAUGUUUUAAAACACUGAAUUUCAAAGUCGAUAUUCAGAAACGUUAUUUACAUUUGAAGUGCGUACCUGUGAGUACAUGAAAAUUUGCUGUACAGCAAACCUAAAUUCAGCCAUUUUACCCCAAGUAUAUUAGUCCUGUUCCAGUUUAAACCUAAGAAGAACCUCUCGAAAUGAAACAUAAGAGAUGAAACAAUUGUUAUUCUAAUCACAUUCGUAAUGAAUUGCCUUGUCACACAUACUUAUAUACAUCCUAGCAUUUUGAAUUAAAUUCACAAUUUUAUGUUGCAAUAGUCAUCACUGGUGAUAAUAAUAACUGAAUAACGAAAUUGAUAACAAAAAAAAAAAGAACACCAUUGUAUAUCUCAUUGUAAAACUAAAUAAAUAAAAUCUUGUUCACUAAUCA